AUGGAAUUUACAAGUUCUGUAGUGAAGAAAUAUCAAAUAGAAAAUAUCUUAAAUGAUGCAACUGGAAUGUUAAAGAAGGUAUUUUAAAAUUAACCUAAAAGAAUGGCAAUAGAAAAGUUAUUUUAUUGUUAGAUAAACAUUUUAUGAGUUAUUCUUAGAAUGAUAUUGCAUCAUUAAAUAUUUAGAUUUGCAGAAGACUAUUGAAGGCUGCAUAAAAUUUAUUAAUAUAAUACAUAUAAGGAGAUAAUUUUUCAAAAGUAGAUUUAUUACUUGAUCGAUGCAAUUUAUACAUAGCUGUUUUCUAUAUCAAUUUGUAAAAAAAGUUAAAAAAUGAAAAAGGAAUAGAACAAUAUGAAGAAUUAAAUACUGCAUAGAUUGAAUUAAAAAUUGGUCUUAAUAGAUUAAGAUAAAGAAUUCGAUAAACUAUAUGUGUUCCUGGAAAUUUAAUAAAAGCAACACAUUUAAAUAGAUUGAAAGAGAAAGAUAAAAGUAAAUAUAACAUAUUUAUACAAAUAGUAAAAUUUUAUAUUAAUGAAUGUUGGGUAGUAUUAUUAAGAUAAUUAAUUAUUUAUGCUAAGAUAUUUAAAUCUACAAAUGAAGUUCCAUAAAGCUUGAAGAUGUUGUGUAAGAUUGAUUUAUUUUUAUCAAUCAAAGAAUUAAAUAAAAGAAAAAACAUUGAGAUAAUGAAAGUUUAAAUUUAACAUUAUUAGAAUUCAGGCUAAUUAUACUUUUAAUUAUAUGAAUUCAAAUUAUCCUUAUAAAAUUAUGAUCUUGCUUUAUAAAGUUUAUAAGAUUUGAUCUUUGCAAUUUUAAAAUAAAAAAAGAUUCCAAAUGUAAUUGAUGAUGGGGAUUUAAAACCAGUUGAAUAAUACAUAAUGAAGAUGAUAGUCAUUCUGUAUCUCUAAUCAUUAUGUUAUGAAUAUUUGUCUGAAUAUUCCCAAAUGAAAGAAUGCAUACAUUUAUCAUAAUGGUUAUGCACUGAAGUCUUAAGACUUGAAGAUGAACAUCAAUUACAUAUCCUAAUUUAUAGUCGUUUUUAAGAUAUCUAAAAAUAUUUUGAUACUAUUUUAGCUGAAUGUGAAAUAAGACAGAUCAUCUUUUCAUCUCUUUGUGAUAAUCAUUAAACUGAAAUGAAAGGCACAUCAAAUUAAAUUUUAGAAGAUUAUCAAAAAUUGUUAAAUGAUAAAUUUUAUUAAAAAUUUAACUAUUAGAAAUUAAAUAGAUAAUAAUAUUUCAAAAUUAAUCAGAAUCCUGUUUAAUCCUAACCUUAUUUAAUCUAUUCAGUUCCAAAAAGUAAUAGAACAGAAAGAGAAACUAUUCAAUAAUAACUAUCAAAAUAAUAUUAAUCAUUUACAACUGAAGAUUUAGCAGAAUAAAAUUCAAGAAAGUUUAUUAAUUUAGAAAGUGAAUCUAAAUUAUUAAAACAAAAUUCAAUCUCUUCAUUUUCUAGAAAAACAAGACCUACAGAUUUUUCUUAAUAUUGCAAAACUGAAUAAUCAGAUUAUCCAAAACUUGAUUAAGAAUUAGCAAGUGUUAUUAUUAAUUAAUUAAAAUAAGAAAAAUCAUUUUUUAUGUUAUCUGAUGUUUAAAAGACUUGUUAAGAUGAAAUUUAACAAAAUCAUAGAUAAUAACAAGAUUUUGAGUUAGGAAAAGCAAUUCUUAUGUUUAAAAAGAAAUUUAGUAACAAAUUCAUUACUGAACCUAAAGAGAUUGACUCAUUAAAGUAAUUAAAUAAUUAAAUUAAAACUGAAUUUUAAUUAACUUCUGGCUAUUUAGAAGCUUAAGAAUAAUUAAAAAAAAAAAAACAGAAAUAAAAACUAUUAGAAUAAUCAUUAUAAUAAAAAUCAAAAAAAUCAAAUCCUUUUAGAAAGUUAUUAAUAAAGCAUAGUAAUACUUUAGGAUUGAAAUUAAUUAAGAAAAAGCUUUAGCAUUUGGAAGAAGAAUCAAUUUUAAUGAAAAUGUAUCAGCAAAUUAAUGAUUAAAAAGAAGUGGAAAAAUAAUAACCAAAGGAAGAAUAGAUUCUAAGAAAAAUGAUUUAAACAAACUUAAAUGUAUAAAUUAUUAAUAUUUUUAAGGCAAUUAAAGUUUUUAUGGACGAAAAUCAAAAAUAAUAAGAAACUGCUUAAAAAUAAUUAAGAUAAAGGAGACCAGUCUCUUUAUCAAACCCUAAACAAUGUAGAAAAAAUCCACAUAACACCUCACUUCGAGAUAAUAUGAAAGAGUUAGCAGGAUCAACUUAAUAUUUAAGCACUAAAGGUUAAUCUAAAAAUAUUAUAUCUUUGGCUGAGUUAACUAAUUUAAAAAAAAAAUUAAAUUAAAUUCAAUUUAAAAGUCCAAACAGAUUCUCAUAAUUAUUUUAAAAAUAAGAAUGA